ACUGUGCUGCUCCAUCUCCAUCAGUGGAAACUGCCAAGGCACCAGCUCCUUCACAUCACCGGCCACCAGCUGAGCUUCCAAGUCACUGGAAAGAUCAACUUCCACCUUUCCAGCAUGAGUGGAUCCGGAACACACUGUUUAAGGCCAACCCACGAACCGGCAAGCCAGAACUAGUGUCCCAGCUGAAACUUUGGUGGUAUCCUCCUCAGCCCCCUUUAAUAAACACUCAGCCCCCUGCCUCACCUGACCUCUUCUUCUGUCGGCCCCUUUUCUUAUGGAUAACGCUGAAGAUGUGGUUAUUUCCUCUCGUCUGUGUUCGCCCAGACUGUGGUAGGCACAGACUAACUGCGGCAGGAAUUUACCGUACCGUGCGUAAGGUCUUGGACAUCGACGGGUGGUAUGACCUUGCCACUGAGUAUCUGGAGUGCAAACGCUGCAAAAAGAAAUAUCCUGCCUGGUCCGAGGACAUCCUAGGACAGCUGGAUAUGGGCCACCGCAGUCAGUUUCCAGCUUUGCUGACAUACAGAUACUCAUGUGACAACCGGGUGCUGAGGAUGAUGAGGGAGAGGACACUGGGCAACAGUGUGACUCAGCUUUACAGGAAGCUGAUGGAACAGCACAGUGAGGCAUGGACACAGCGUGUCUUGCAGUACCUGACUGCCUGUGAACCAUUCACAAGGUCCUCCCUUGUGCAGCCUCCUGUGUUUGCUGAUCCUCCACUUUUACCUGCUUUGCCUAAACCUAAGUGGCUGUUAGCCGUGUAUGCCAGGGAUGUUCUGGGGCGACUGCACGAGGUCAAGGCCAAAUUAACAUCUGUCUUUGGCUGUGUUCUCAAGAUGGAUUCGACAAAAAAGGUCACAAAGAAACUUGCCGGUGCUGCUUCAGGAACAGCUGCCUGGUGCACAAAUGUCGGAAACGAACACGGCCAGGUCCUUGUCUCUGUGCUGACAGCUGCCGAGGGACAUGGACUGGACUCCAUGGCAGCUGGUCUGAUGAAACGCUACCGAGAGGCAGGAGAGGCAGCCCCAAAAGUGAUGUACGUGGACAGGGACUGCUGCAGUCAGUACGGCCAAUCGCGGGUGAAGAUCAUGUUUUUGGAGUGGGAUGAGCUUGUAGUGCGCCUCGACAUCUGGCACUUCAUGCGGCGAUUUGCUGCAGGUGUCACGACAGAGGCUCAUCCGCUCUAUGGGAUCUUCAUGGCACGUCUGUCCACGUGCAUCUUUCAGUGGGAUCCAGAGGAUGUGGCUGCUCUUCGCUCCGCAAAAGAGGGUGACCUGGCGGCAAAGAAGACUGGCCACAUCUCAGAAAAGGCGGUCAGUGCUCGCAUUACCCGGAGGGAGUUGGCACUGCACUGCCGGAGGAGGACCAGGGGGGUGGAGGAGACCACCAGAUUGAUUGGGUCACUGAUUGAUCAGUUUGACAGUGCGGAUGGGAAGGACACCCUGGGAGUUCCUCUGCUGGACCACGAACGGAUCCAGCAGAUAUGGAAGGAACAGCGCAAGAACGUCCAGUGUAUCCAAGACCCAGAGGACUUUCCGCUGUACAUGAAGACAGGGACACUGAAGAAAGGCGGCGUGGAGCUGUGCUGCUACAGGUGUGCUCGUGGCUCUACCUCCUUGGAGUCAUUCCACCUCCACCUGAACCGUUUUAUUCCAGGAACCAGUGCCAGCGAUGCGCAUUUUCAGGCCUAUCUCCUUGAGGGCUUGAUGCGUUGGAAUGAUGACCGAAUGGAAGACGCCAUAAAACGGGCGUCCUCCAUUCGGACAUAUGGCAGUGCCAUGAGCGAGGCUGUUGACCGGCUUAGCCGAACAGUCUUUGGGAAGCCCUGGGAUGAGCGCUAUCGCCCUCCUGGAGCAUAUACAGGUGAAUUGCUGGGAAUCGAGUACCUUUACAGCCAGACUGGCAAAACACUGACUCCAGUGCUCCAGAACCCAGAGGAGGAAGACCGGUUGGUGGAGGAGGUUGAUGAUCAGGACCUGCUAGAUGAGGGGUUUGAGGAAGAGAGCAUGGAGGACAUCACAGUUCCAUCCCCAGCAUCACUGGCUGAGCCGUCCACAUCAUCUGGAGGAGAGGGACAGCAUCUCGCCCCUGCCUCUUCAGUGCUGUCACAGACAUCUGACACUGGAAGCAGUGUCUCCGGCGAGGCUCAGGGAGCAGUCAUUGGACCUGAUGGCAUCGCUGGGUGGGACAAGGUCCAGGAUCUGGCUGGUUUCCUGGUGGGUCUUCGUGAGGCUCCUUACCUCACCGACCUGCAGGUUACAGAGCCCAUCCAGCUGUGGACCGCUCUCCCUGAUGUUGAUAAACAGCGGGUCAACUAUCAGCCUCGACAUCAGCCUCAGCUGACACAUGGGCGCUUUAAGGCACCGAAGCGGUCCGGAGUCACACCGGGUGUGGAGAGUGUGAAACGGUGUCUGAUUGGACAUCCUGGGGGUCCAGCACAGUGGCCCAGCACCAGCCGCUUGGUUGAGGCCAUUUGUAUGAAGCUGUGUGCUUUACACAAGUCACCGACCAAGAAGGCUGGAGUUUCCACCCCCAGGUGGUCUAAAAUCCUUUCGGAUUACCACCACAUCCGAGAGCUGGUGCUUAACAAUCAAAGGCUGAUGGAUGAAACAAUGAUCCAGCUGUUUGAGCUGAACCAGAGGACACUCAUUCAGUGGUAA